ACAGUUCAUGUCUUUUUUGCCCAGGGAAUCAUAGUAUAUAUUAUCUGGACGGCGAUUUACAAUCGAUAUGUCCAUCCGCUCAGUCAGUAUCCAGGACCCUUUCUGGCAUCCAUCUCAAGGCUCCCCCAUGCUGGCGCCUACACUAGCGGCCGGCUCCACACCUAUGCCAGAAGCCUACACGAGCAGUAUGGCGAUGUUGUCCGGAUCGCUCCCGAUGAGCUGAGCUUUCGAACAGAGCAAGCGUGGAAGGAUAUCUACGGGUUUUCAACCAAUUUCCCGAAGGACCCGCGGUUUUUCAACGUUGCAAAAAGCGGCGCUUCUAAUCUAGCAGUUGCUCCCACAGAUGAUGUCCAUCACCGUCAGCGUCGGAUACUAGCUAGUGCAUUCUCUGAUGCGGCACUCAAGUACCAAGAACAUGUGCUCCAGCGAUACGUUGAUGCCCUGAUAAAGAGGCUGCACGAAAAGGCCAGUGCCGGAUCCACUGUCGACCUGGUGGAAUGGUAUACCUACACAACGUUCGAUUUCAUGGCGGAAUAUGUGUACGGCGAAUCACUUUCAUGUCUGGAAGACGCCCGCUAUCAUCCUUUUGUCUCUAUGCAAUUCGCUUCGCUCAAGCUGUGGACUAUUAUCAGCAUGUCCAAGUAUAUUUCUCUACUAUCAUAUCCGAUCAAAGGUAUCGCUUCUUUUCUAUAUCGCGACUUGUUCCGCACUCGCGCAGAGAGCGUCAGCUUUACUUAUUCUAAGAUUGCUCAACGGAUGGAAAGAGAUCAGAACUCGUCCACCCCAGACUACAUCGCCCAUGUGAACUCCAAACAAAGUCUCAAAGCGAAAAUGUCCGAGGACGAGAUACGUUCUAAUGCCACCUUUCUGAUCAUUGCUGGCAGUGAGACCACGGCAACUACUUUGUCAGGGUGUACUUUCCUGCUAUUAGAUAGGCCAGAGACCUACCGGAGACUAGUAUCAGAGAUCCGCUCGCGAUUUCAAUCUUCCUCGGAGAUCACGUUUGUCUCGGUGGCUGAUCUUCCUUAUCUCGAUGCCGUCCUGCAAGAAUCCCUGCGCAUGUACCCAGCAGCGCCGCUUGGGAUGCCGCGAGUCGUCCCCGAAGGCGGCGCUACUAUCCUCGGCAAAUUUGUACCUGGAAAAACUGCUGUUUCCGUUCCACACUUUGCUUCCUACCGAUCGCCAACCAAAUUCACUCAGGCAGAUCGGUUUUUGCCAGAGCGAUGGCUGAAGGGAGAAAACGAUCAGUUUGCUGGUGACAACAAGGAUCUCCUACGGCCAUUUUCGGAUGGUCCUCGAGGCUGUCUUGGACAGAGUCUAGCAAAAGCUGAGAUGAAGCUGAUUCUGGUAAAUAUUCUGUGGCGAUUUGACCUACACCUCUCUCCGGAGUGUACCCAAUGGGCUGAUCAGAAAGCUUUUGUUGUAUGGGCCAAGAAGCCACUACUAACCAAGCUUGUUGCGAGGUAG